GUCUGUGAGAGCAGUUUACAACUAAUUCUUACAAUCAUUCCGUUCUUCACUUAUCUUUUCCUUUUUUGUAAAUUUGAAGUUUAAAUUAAAUAACAGAUUCCAUAAACCGGAUUCAAAUAAGGCCUUUGUCAUUAUGCAUGGUCGUGUGAAGGUACGGACAUCAGAAGAAGAGAAGGCACGCAAAGAAAAGGAACGUCAGGAAAAGCUUAAAAUUUUUAAAAAUGUUAUGCAGAAAAUUCAAUUUAAGAGGAAUGAAGGAGAACUGGACCAAGAGUUGUUGGAGCUGACUGGAAAUGUGCUAACUUCAAAUCCAGAUAUCUAUACUUUGUGGAACAUUAGAAGGGAAAUAAUUAUUAUUUAUAAGAAAGAUGUUAAAAUGAAAGAAAAUAUGUCAAAACUAUAUGAUUCAGAACUACAGUUGACUGAGUAUUGCUUAAAAAUAAAUCCAAAAUCAUAUGGAUCUUGGCAUCAACGAGAAUGGGUAUUAACAAUGCGACCUGAUCCUGAUUGGAAAACAGAACUUAGCUUAUGUAAUAAAUACUUAAAGCUGGAUGAAAGAAACUUUCACACUUGGGACUACCGAAGAUUCGUCAUCAAUCAGUGUCAACCAGCCUUAAAAGAAGAAUUCGAUUUCACAACUGAAAAAUUAUUUGAUAAUUUUUCUAACUACUCUGCAUGGCAUUAUCGUAGUAAAAUGUUAGUGAAAUUAUAUCCUGAUGUUGAAGGAGGAAGACCAAUAGAGGACAGCCAUCACAAACAUGAAUUGAAAAUGGUACAAAGUGCAGCAUUUACGGAUCCUGAUGAUACUAGCGCUUGGUUCUAUCAAAGAUGGCUAUUAGGUGCUGUGAAAAACAGUGUUGACUUAGUAGUUAGCUCUGUGACAACCUCAAAAUCGUUUCUCACUUUCAGCCAAUAUGUUUCUAAGGAAUUUGUGAAAAGCAAAGUACAGAUUUUCAUAAAUAAGACCCUAGUAACUCCUGAUUGGUCAUCUUGCACUGGUAACCAUUAUGAUAAAUUAUGGUUGUUCAAACAUAAUGUGUCAAUCGAAGCCGGAAUGGAUAUCAAGGUUGAAUUUGACAAAGAAAAUGGGCAAAAACAAAUCGUCUCAUGUGUCCCAGCUGAAACAUUGACUUACGUCGGCAAGGGCAACAUUAAUUUCCAAAAAUAUUAUUCAGAGCCAGUGUUAAAGGAAUUAAAGGAUCAACUAGAAUCUUGUCGGCAGCUGCUUGCUAUGGAGCCUGAUAAUAAAUGGACACUUCUUACAACCACCAUAUUUUUAAAUUGCAUUGAUGCAAAACUGUACCAUAAUGAAGUUAUAGAUAAUUUAAAAACCUUACAAAGUAUAGAUAAAUUGCGUACUGGUUAUUAUGAAGAUUUAAAAACAAGAUGGUGUAUUGAGAAUCAGUUGUACAGAGACUAUGAAAGUAAUGAUUUGGUUUAUAGAGUAUCAUUUGAUGAUAAGAUAACGUGCCUUCCGCACUUACAAUACUAUAGUCAUUGCGAAAAAGUAGAUUUAACAAAUCAAAAUUUAACAACGAAAGUUUUACCGUCGUUGAUUUUACUACAAAAUUGUAAGGUAGGCGACAAAGGAGUGAGGCAGGCGCGGUGUGAGUGCCGGUCUUUCGUAUUGUGCCUACAUCCGUACAGUCGUUUGCCUGUCUUUGCGCUUUACGAUACGCUAUGUUCUCUCCUCAUUUGUGAUCUCUUGACGAACUUUGCUUUCUUUACGGACUUUGAGUGCGAUUACGAUUUGGUUUUGUGAUACGGAAUUCGACGACUUUGGCUUUCUCAACGGACUUUUCGAGCACAUUACUUUAGUGAGCUAUGCCCAUGGGCCCUCUUAAUCCGUAUGUGCUUCAUGUCACGCCAGGAAACUAUUUUUUACCUCUUUACGUGCCUCUUUAUUACAAAUUUUAACCGACCUAACAAUUUAAGAAUUCUCAGUUUAAAGAAUUACGAGAUUACGGUUGCCAGAUUGGCUGGAUUGUCCAGCUAUUUCACACGUUGUCCAGUGUCCCGGUUUUAGGCAAAAUGUCCAGCAAAAAUGAAGCUGAAAAUUAAAAACCACCAGUAUUAGUGGUUUUUCCACCGAUUUGGAAACACUGGCUAUUGCUAUCUAUGCCCGGGAUUGAAUUCAAUAAUUCGAUUGAACUUUGACGAAACUUGUACUAAAUUUAAAUCUUUUCUAAAUAAAGAUAAAGGUUCUAAAAUGAUAAAUGCGGCUAAAGGAAAUGCUAAAUAUAUGUGGCAGAAAAAGUGAUUUCAUAUUAAUUUUGUUUGAUUAAGGUUCCUCUGUUUUGUAAUAAUAAGAUUUUUUUAUAGUCAUACUGAUUUUUUUGUCCAGCCAGAAAUCCUAAUGUCCAGAUAUUUUAUAAUAUUGUCCAGAAAUUUUGAUUUAUCAAUCUGGUAACCCUAUACGGGAUAUAACGAAUAUUUACUUUAGCGCAGGGUGCGGGUUCGAGUCCCGUCUGCUGCCUGGUCUGGAAUUUUUGCAACGAAAUACAGAAGCUUAAUACGGGCAUAAAAUAAUACCCCUAUAAGCUUUUGCCUCGUUUUUAGAUUUUAUGUUAGACAAUAGUCAUAAAGUUCAAUAAGCUAUGCAUAUUUUCGUUUCUUUGUCAUUCUGCAGCCAAAUUAAUUAAGCUUUAGGUCUUUUGAACUAUGCAACGGAUUUUUAUGCAGUUCUCACCAAUAGCUAGUGAUUCGGGAGAAAGGUUUAUGUGCGAAGCCUGGGCGGGUCGCUAGUUUAUUUAAUAUUUAAUCCAAAAAGUAUUGUAAAUAAAUUUGAAACUAAAUCUCUUUUGCGAUAGUUUAUUUAAUGUUAUUAUUAACAGUUUUGUAGUUUGUUUCUACUAGUUUACAUGAUAUAAAAAUAUAUUGAACAACUUAUUUUCUAAAUUAGCAUGUGCCUUACUUAUCUAGAGCCUGUUUACCAGAUCUUGGAAUGUCCUGUUAAGUGCAAUUUUAAAGUGACAAGAAGUUAGUCAAGUCAUUUGCUUGCAACCAGCAAGUUGCAUACUUAAUUUUCACAUAACUAGCUUUAUAUUGUCUUAUUACUACUAGAUGUUACAAUAGUAAAGUCAAAGUAAUUAAUAAAUGUAUUUUUUUUAUUUAUGGUACUUACAAGAAUACUGCAUUCUUACAGAUAAUUCUUUUAAAAUGAAACCUGAUUCAAGUAUUAGUCAACAAUAACUGUGUAUAUUUUAGUCUGGUAAAAAUAACUCCUUUUACAGAUAUGCCAUUCCUUAAUACUAUUUAAACAUUCGUAGUUAGAUAAAAAUAAUGAUGACAUUAAGUGUGAAUAUAAAUAUGCAUUGCUUCGUUUAUUGCACAGUGUUUAAUGAACUGUAUAUAUAGGACAUAUGUAGUUUCAAUAGUAACCAAAAAGUCGCAGAUACAGAAAUGAUUAUCAUUACAUAGAUUUGGUUUUUUAUUUUGUAAAGCUUCGAUGAAACAGAGCUAGUUUCCAAGCUACAAGCCAACCGAGUUCACUAGCAACUUGUAAGCUUGCCCUGUAUCAUUAGAUUGUAGGAAAGCCAAUGACAGGGCGAAUUUAUAAGCUGCUAGAGAACUCGCUGGAGUGUGUCAUCGAGGCUUAAAAUACAGAGUUACUGAUGGUUCUUACAACUCAAAGAAUUCAUUAUUCAACUUAUUUUAUAUUUUUACAACUAGAUAAUAAAGCACUAUAACAAACAGACACAUUUUUCAUUUGUACCAUUAAACUGUGAUUGCAUCACCAUAUUGAAAGAUUUGUUAAUAUUAAUAUUACAUCACUAACAGACUUUGUUAAAUCAUCUCCUUCCCAGAAUAGUGCCCCACAAGAUUCACACAACAGUGCAGGUUUAUUUGCAGUGGAUAAUUUUACUACAUUGUUUAUCUCAAUGAGGGCACCCUUGCUAGUUUUGCAUGAUUUAUUUGGUUGAAUCAUAUUCACUACAUGGUAUAAAUCAUCAUCACCUUCAGAAUCACUAAGAAAUUUGUCAUAGUUUGUUUCAUCAUCAUCAUAGUCAACAUUAUUGUAGUGGUAAUUUGUACUUUCACUAGACUGAUAGUCUACACAGAGUUUAUAAACUUCAUCAGGUGCUAACUUCAUUAUGUCUUUUGCAUUACAUUUUAUGCAAAAUCUAAAUAAAUCAAUUUGUUUAAUGCCUAUAUUGAAUCUAUUGAAUAUUAUUUGCAAUUGAUCUGUGACACUACCUUUACCUACAUCUAAAAUAGAACUUUGGGGAAAUUUUUUAUUGGGUGUGCCCUUUAAUUUAGUCAAUAUGACUAAUCUAUCUUCAGAUAUUGCCAAGUUUAUAACAUCACACCAUAACAUUGUUUCAUGCAUUACUACAGUAUCUAUUCCACAAUACCUUAGAUAUGGGAGAAGAAAGGAUAACUUUGGUUCUACAAUAAAUUUGACUUCUUCAGUAGACUUUGUUAAGUUAUUGGUCAUAAAAGAUUGGAUUCUUUCAUGACCUCUUACCUUCUUAACAGAUUUCUUUUUUGGUUCUGUCAUCACAUCAUUACAUAUUUCAUCAAAAUUUAGGCCUUGUUCUAUGCUCCUGAUUUGGAGAAAAUUAUAAAUUUCUAUAAGCACAAAAGCAUCUAAAGCCGCAUAAUGUAUUUGUGUUUUUCUUAAAGGUCUUAGUUCCCAAUUGGAACAUUGUUCAGAUUUUUCUAAAGGCAAACCAAAACAGGUUUGGACCAAGUAACUGAGGCUGUUACCAGCAUUUUCAUCACUUGUGGGGAAAGACAGUCCAUUAUUCAACAGACUUUUCCACAACAAAGACAUGUCUAGUAAACCUUCUCCUUUAACUUUAAUAUUUCCUAGACCUACUACAGACGCUUUCAUUUCUUUCAAAUCUUGUUCAAGGCCGAAUCCUAAUUUUAUUAUUUCUGCAUUUUCUAGAAAGGAUUUAUAAAAUGUGUACCAGAAGCUUGAGUAAGAUGGCUUAUUCAGCACUAAGGUAUCAAUCAAAUAGACCCUAUUAUUGGUAGCAAUUUGUAUCAAAGCUACUUGAGAUUGCUUUGCUCCAAAACAUGGCUUCCAUUCACAAUCCAUACUUACAAUAUUACAUUCAUUUAAGUCUGACAUCAUUAAAUCAUAAAAUUUUUCAGCUGUAUCAAUCAAUAUUAUGUAGUCAUCACUUAAUUUUAGUUUAUAGUAUUCUAAUGACGAUCCGACUUGCUGUGCGUCCCAAUUUUCUUCUUCUGGUGAAUCUUCGAGGGAUAAAUCUCUUAAACUUAAUGGAAGAUCACUAGUAGGUAUAUUUAAAUAAGAAGCCCAUUUGAGUGCUUCAUUUUUGUCAUAAUCAAGCAACAUGUCGAUGAAUUCUUGGGCUGAGUCUGAAUUUUGUCUUAAUGAGUCUUUUACUAAAUCAUCCCAAACUGAAGAACUCACAUUAUGCUCCUGGUACUUUUGAUGAAUUAAAUAUCUCAAUCCUCCUGUUGUGCGGUUUUUGCUAAGAUUCUUGCAGUUUUCAAUGGGAAUAUUGAAUUUAUUACACAAUCUUGCCACUAAUUUUCCAAGUGGUUUAUGAUGUAUUUUGUCAUAUUUCACAUGACAUAUCUUGUUAUCUUCAAUAUAGUUUUGAGCAAAUUCUUUAAGAUUGAAUUUUUUAUCAAGUAGUUUAUCUAAGAAAUUCAAUAAAAGUUGAACUUGAGAUGGACAUUCUGUUAAAUACUCAUCAAUUAAAUUUGUUUUGUCUUGAAGAAUCAGAGGAAAUAGAAGAUCUUCAACUGGUAUUGCAUCAUAUAACUCCAUUGCUAUAAUAACCUGAGAUGCCAAUUUGCAGUUGUCUUUUUCAAUCAUAUCUUUGACAAUAGGAAUAAUAGUGUCUCUGAUAGUAGCAAUUUGGUAAGUUUUAACAACUAAAUUGAGAAACAAAGAAUUUCUUUGUUGAAUAGCAAUAUGAAAGGCUGGCAUCUUCAAAGAAUCUUGUGGAUGAGAACCGGAAGCUAGUGCCCAUUUCUGAAGAGUUUCCACAAGAAAGAAUGGUAAGGAUUUUGGUUUACAAUCUUUAGCAUCUUCAGUUUUAAUUACGAAAACUAGAGUCACUCUGAACGGAUCGACAAUAGACUGAAAAAAUAGUUGAAUCUGAUUUUCGAGUGUUGCACUUUUCUUCCAUGUUUUCCACGUCACUUUUAACUGUUUGAACCAAACUGCAGUGUUUUCGUCUAAGUCUACAUCCAAUCCCUUUGCACGUAGAGAAUCCUCGAUCGAGGGCACUAUUUUAAUAGAUUGAUUUUUAUCAACAAGGUUGUGUAAAUUGUUUGCACUCAUUGUAAAUUAACAUAAAAUUCCACCGAUAAUAUCCGCACUAAGGAAAAAAUGUUCAACACUGUCAUGUGUUAAAACUGUGAAUGCAAAUCAUUACAACUUUUUUGGAGUUACACAAGUUACACAAAGAACCAUACACAAUUACCUUCAUAAAUUUUAAUUUGCG